CCACACACAACAACCCGUUUUAUCUUAAUGGAGGUAGAAAAAUGAUUGGAAACGACUGCCAGAUUUCCUUUAACUGUAUGAUACAUGCUUCCUCGAAGGUAGACAGCACAACACUGUUGUCUUUGUGAAGCAUGAGCCGACCCCUAUCGGCCGCACGUCUGUGGCGCAACAUUCAAACCACUACUGUAUCAAGCCUACAAUAUUACCGCUCAAUAUCGAAAGCUUCUUCGCUAUCCUACGAUCAUUAUGCCACCAGCAAGCAGUCUCCUGCGAUUGAUUGGAACUCCAACGGCGAAUUUUUCAAAUUCACUCGAGGCCGUUUUAUCGUAGACGAGGCAGAGAACCUUCGAAAGCGAGAGUCUAAGUUCGACAUGAACAGCCUCGCGCGUAUCGCCGCAGACUCCGUUGGCGCCGGCCAAUGCAUCUCCAUCAAGAAAUACCCGGACGGCAUGUUCAACAAAGCAUUCCUCAUGACUAUGGACAAUGGCCGAGAAGUCGUUGCGAAAGUGCCUAACCAAAAUGCUGGUAUUCCGCAUUUUACUACGGCUAGUGAAGUCGCCACGAUGGAUUUUGUGAGAACAAUUCUGGACACACCAGCGCCUCGAGUUUACGCAUGGAAUUCGCAAGCAAAAUCGCAUCCCGUCGGAGCUGAGUUUAUUAUCAUGGACAAAGCUGAGGGUGUUCCGCUCUCUCAAGUCUGGGGCACUAUGAAACUUCCCCAAAAGCUCCAGGUGCUUCUUGCUAUGACACGCUUCCAAAAGAAUUGGCUGAGUGUUUCGUUCUCGCAUUAUGGUAGCUUGUACUACACAGGCGACUUACAGCAACUCGGCAACGAUAACUACUAUAUCAAGAAUGCGAAUACCAUCAAAGACUCGAAGUUUGCUAUUGGCCCUUCCACAGGUCGGGAUUGGUUUGAUGCGGGCCGGUCAAAUUUAGAUAUUUAUAGGGGACCAUGGGCAUCUCUAACACAGUACCUCCAAGCAGUCGGGACGCGCGAGAAAAAAGCCGUCCAGGCUUUACAACCUCCAAAGCAAAUUGCUUUAUUCUGUGGCCCAAAGCUGUACCAGCCAAAUAUGGAAAAGAAGCUUGCUGCCCUGGCAAGGUACCAACAAAUAGUCGAUGCUCUUACCCCGAAGGACGCUGCGAUUACCAACCCACGCCUCUGGCACAAUGAUUUGCAUGAUGACAAUAUAUUUGUGGACCCAGACAACCCAGAAAAGAUCACAGGGAUCAUCGACUGGCAGUCUUGUCAUAUCUCUCCACUCUUCAAUCACAACCCCGACCUUGCCUACCUCGACUGGGAUGGCCUUGAGCUCGAGACGCUUGACCUAGUACCGAUGCCCAAACUCUCGCAACUGUCCCCAGAAGAACGAACUACAGCUAUAAACGAGUAUACCGUUCAGAACGUAUUCAUCGGAUGGCGGAAACUCAUGCUUGCCAAAAACCCAGAUCUGUAUCGAGCAAUCGAGUUCCGAAAGACGCCAGCAUACGGGUUGAUAUUUCUUGCCCACCGCAUGUUCGAAUACGGCGAGGCGCAUUUCCAGUCGCUGUUAGUCGAUCUGAAGGACUCAUGUACAGAACUACCUGGCGUAAAUGGUGAUUUCCCUUUCCCGUUUGACUUUUCGAAAGCAGAGAUUGAGCGUAUUAAGCUAGAUAGCGAGGGCGCGGUAGCGGGAACCGACCUUGUUACGGAGGUCAAGGAAAGCCUGGGUGAUUUGUGGCCGGAUAAGGGAUUCAUAGAGCAUGUGCGAUACAAUGAUUGCAAAGCCGCCCUCGAUCAAGCCAGAGAUCAGAUUCUGGAGCAACUGGCUGAAACUGACGGGGAAAAGGCUGAGUAUAGGCGGUAUUGGCCAUUUGACUGAUCUGUUUCAAAUUACUUCUAGGGCCACUGCUUUGUGGAAUCAACAUCUAGCAAGAAAGAUACGGAUAUAUAACAUAGAACAUUUUGGAGAAAC